AUGGCGGGCACCGAGGAGGAAGAGGAAGCCGCAGGCAGCGAUACCGUCACCGACCUCAGGGACGACCCUGAAGAGGACAAUGACAAUAUCGAGGUAGCCUCUCUUUAUCCAGCCAGCCAAUUCCGACAUGGCGCAAUGAGCACAUACAGGUCAGCUGGCGGACAUUUCACGGCUGGAGAUUCGCGGACGUUGACUUCUGACUUAUAUUGCCGAGAGUACCACAUGCCAAACGAUGAAAUUGAACAGCUUCGACUGACAUUGCUGCACCAAGUGUUCUUGCAUAUCUUUGAUGGAGAACUGUUUCUUGCUCCGUUCGACGAGCUGCCGUCGAAUAUCCUUGAUGUCGGCACUGGCACUGGCGAAUGGGCAAUCAGGAUUGCAGAGAUGUAUCCGGAAUGCGAGGUUGUGGGAACCGACAUAUCAGCCAUUGCCGAAACCGAAAGCGUUCCCGUCAACGUGUUUUUUGAGAUUGAAGACGCAGAAGACUGGGACCGACCGCCGGACCAUUACGACAUGAUCCACAUGCGCUGGUUAUCGGGGGCCUUUCGUGAUUGGAAUUUCAUUUACGACUGCGCUUAUUACUCGCUUAAGCCUGGUGGCUGGAUAGAGGUCGCCGACUUUGAUGGAUUUGAUACCAUUGAUUUUUUCAACAAUCACUUCCCGCCCGAAUCUCCCAUCCACAAGUUAUUCAGAGACAUCCACAUAGCCGCGGAUAUGGCGGGGCGAAAGGUGUCCAUAUCUCAUCUGAACGCACCUGAUUUCAUGGAAGCGGGCUUUGUGGAUAUCAGAGUGGUGGACUAUUCUCUUCCCGUCAUAUUUGGCGAGCCCUCUGUUGAUAAGAUUUGGUUAAUGGCUCUUAUAGACGGCAUCGAAUCCAUGGCUUUGCGCCUCCUUACUGAGUACAUGAACUGGGAUCCGGAAGAAUGCAAAGCCGUCUGCGAACAGGUGGCCUGGGAGCUGGCUAAUAUUACCAAGAAUCCCGAGCUUGCCAAAUCUCUCACUACCAAGGUCCGCGUCAUCGUAGCGCGAAAACCUCUUCAGGCACCUAGGUCAAACGCCGCUUGGCCAGCGGAUGAACCUUUGUCUCUGCGACCUCGAAGAGAGGAGGGAACGCCCGAGCUUGACUCUGCGUCAAUCGCAACGCCUCGCCAGACGACCGAGCAUCUUGUCACGGAGACGGUACACCAAGUGCCACAUAUUGAACCUUCAUAA